UGAAGAAAAUUGCUCCCACCUGGAUGAACAUUUCAAUAUGGAUGAAGAAUGACUCUGAGACUGAUAAAAGAUUCGGAUGGGUGCUAGAAAUGUUAGUGAAAUUUCUAUAAAAAUUCAUUGUUUCUUUUUUGUAUUUCAAUGUAUGCUGUUAGAUCUACACAUUACUCAAUCAUCUUUGAUGUUUUUUUUUUUCCUAUGUUGGACUAAGGUAUGGAUAUGCUGUUGCAUCUGCGUUGCAUGGUGUGCAGCAUAUUCUUCGAAAGGAUUUUAUGAUACAGCCCCCUUGGGAUUUAGAGGUCAGGAAGAAUUUUAUUAUCCAUUACACUUAUGGAUGUGAUUAUACUUUAAAGGGUGAGCUUACAUAUGGCAGAGUUGGGGAGUGGCGCUUUGACAAACGAUCAUAUCUUCGUGGCCCUCCACCCAAAAACCUUUCCUUGCCCCCUCCAGGAGUUCCUGAGAGUGUGCAACAUUUGCUAAACAGGUGCAUCUUUAGGACAUCAUAUCCGUGUUUCAGGUGACUCUCACUGUGUUAGAUCUUACCAAACACUAAACUGGUAGACCCGCAUUUAUUUGUCUUCUUUUAUGGCAUAUUUGGAUUAUGGUUUACAACCGUAAUGUAAUGUAAAUGUGUCAUCAUUUCAGUUUUACAAUGUUUGUUUAUCCAUGUAAUUCGGCAGUAAAAUGCAGAUGUAAUACAAAAGAAAGAAAUUUGUAAUAAUUACAUUUUGACAUUGUAUUGUGGUGGAA